AUGAUAAUGCUUUCUUUUAUGGGAUUUUUACAAUCUUGUUUAUUGAUUGUAAAUUCCUUUGCAAUCUUAAAUGAAAGAUUUUUAAAUAAAAUUGGUUGGGGUGUAAAAAGUGAUUUAGAUAUGAACUCAUUUAAAGGGAAAAUAAUAACAUUAUUACAUAGUUUAAGAUUCUUUUUUAGAAGUAUGUUCUCAAAUAUUUAA